AUGGAGAAAGAAUCACCAUCCAACCAUGUUGAAAACGUCAAUGUUGAGAGUCUUGGUGAGGAGAUCCACAUCUCCCAGUCCAAGGUGAAUAUCAGUGGAACUGUCCAGCUCACUGUAGGCACCAUUGUCUAUAUUCCAACUCCUACCAGUGAUCCUCGAGACCCAUUGAACAUGAAGACAUGGCAGAAGACCAUGGUCCUUAUUGCGAUAUCUCUAUUCUCGACUAUUGGAUUGUCACUUGUCUCCGGGUUUGGCGGUCUUCUGGGCUUCUACAUCCCAGGUUAUGUGGCUGUCGGUAAAAACUACGCUGAUAUUACCUCUCUCAUGACAUACCCGACUCUGACCAUGGGCAUUGGCAACUUGAUUGGCAUGCCAUUGGCGAUCGCUGUUGGUCGACGCAUCGUUCUUCUUGUGGCAACGGUUGUCAUGGUCGUCGGGGCCAUCUUGUGCGCAUUCGCAACGAACUUUGAUUGGCAUCUUGGGGCGCGUAUGCUUAUUGGCCUUGCCGCAGGCCAGAGUGAGGCUCUUAUUCCCAUGAUCACCCAGGAAAUCUUUUUCCUUCACGAAAGGAGUACAUUCCUCAUGCUCCAGCUGUCCAUUCAGGCAAUUGCCACUGCCGUUUUCGUUCUGUUUGCCAGUCCAAUCGCAGAAGCGAUCACUCCCCAGUGGUGGUAUGGCCUCGGAGCCUGUCUUUCUGGAGUCUCUUUGAUCAUAGCAUUUGUUUUCGUUCCGGAGACGAAGUACCAUCGAUCUCGAUCCUCUUAUCAGGAGAAUUCGUCCACUGAAGCCCUUGAUGGAGCGGAGGACGGUGUCUCAAAGAACGCUUACACAGUCGCCACCGAAAGGCCUGCUCUUGACUUCGUUAAUUAUGAAGCCAGAACUUGGCGCUCUGAUCUCCGCCUUUGGGUUGGCGCGCCUGAGUGGCGCAAGGGAAUGGAGACCUUCAUCCAAUCCUUCCAACUCCUCCUCUUCCCAAAUGUCCUCUGGGCUAUGGCUUUGAACGGUCUUACACUUGGCGUCAACAUCGCAAUCGGUACCACCUACGGAAACAUCGUUACUUCAGAGUACAACUGGCCGCAAAAGUCUGCAAGCUACGUGAACUGCGGCCAAAUCGUGACAUCCCUCAUCGCCCUUCCAAUGUUCGGCUUUGGUUCCGACAAACUCAUCGCCUGGUUCGCCAAACGGAGAAAUGGCAUCCACGAACCCGAGAUUCGUCUGUUGCCGCUCAUCUUCCCCGUUAUCGUUGGUACUUUCACUGCCGUCUUAUACGGUUAUGGCGCUGCCAAUCCGAAGUCUUACCACUGGUUCGUUUACGUCUGGGCCGUUGCUGCUUACUACUUUACGUUUGUGGGCGCCAAUAUCGUCGCAAUUACGUAUUUGCUGGACAGUUAUCCGCAGCGGGCAAGCCCGUUGUUGAUUAUCAUUUGUGCAUUCCGUGGUAUUAUCUCGUUUGGUGUUAGCUAUGGUAUUCAGCCAUUUAUUGAGCGGAGUGGCUACGAUGGGGCGUUUGCGACAUUUGGAGGGUUGACUGCUGCGCUUGGAUUGCUGGGCGUCCCGGUGUUUAUUUGGGGAAGGAAGAUUCGUCAACACACUGGUCGGUUCACGGUUGACAAGGAGUGA